AUGCAAAUAAGAAAGAAAAUCUUUAGGGAUCACUUAGCUAAUGCAGACUACAAGGAGCAUAUAGAAGCUGUAAGCGAAGUUUUGCCUGAAUUUGGGGAAACUGUGGCUUUAAAAGGUGAUAAGGUAGGACUAACUAAGGUGUUAGAACAUAAGAGUAUACUCAGCCAAGACUUUGACCUCGUCAUGGCCAGUUUUGACGUUGAAUCGCAUUUUACAAAUGUUCCUGUUGAUGAAACCAUCGACUUUAUAUUAGAAACCAUUUUUGUGAAUGACGAUGAUGUUUUCCAAGGUUUUAGCAAAGUUGACUUUAAGAAGCUUUUAGAAUUGGCUGUGCGGGACACAGCCUUCGUUUUUAACGAUGAAGUUUACGUUCAGGUAGACGGCGUCGGCAUGGGUAACCCAUUGAGCUGCACCUUUGCAGAUAUUUUUAUGUUCAAGUUUGAACAAGAACUACUGGACAAUUGUCCUGCCUCUUUUAAGCCGCUAUUUUACCGUAGAUAUGUGGACGACACAUUCCGACUUUUUAGGGACCAUCAUCAUUGCGACCUUUUCUUGGAAUAUGCAAAUGCAUCACACUAA